UUUCUGCUAGAAUCAAUGUAUGAAUACAUCUACAUUAAUAUUUCUGAGUUUUACUUGCAUUCUCAUAAUCAUCUUUAUCUAUCAAUUAAUGAGGGUUUAGUUGAAUCUCCGUGGUUUGCUCCCAUGUGGUCUGGGGUUCAAUUCCUCAAGGUAGCUAUUUACUAUUCACUAUAUGUUAAUGUGGAGCACAUGGAUCGAUUUUCUAGAGAGUUUGGAACCGAUGACAACGAGGACGAAAAAGAGAAAACACCAGCUGGCCAGGACCUGGAAAUUGUAAGACCUCAUAAGUUGUCAAAGCCUAGUGAUUUUCAAGUACUUUUUGGAGGAAAUAGCAAGGAUGACUUCAUGGUUGGCAUCAAGUUCACUAAGAGGAGCAUAAAGUUGUACAGUGAUUUCUAUACCUCAGAUAUGAUAGUUGCUUCUUCAGUUGGUUUGUUGAAAAAAAUUGAUGAGGCUAAAUUAAACAAAGAAAAGGAUGUCGACUAUCUUUCUUCCAUAGAGGUUCUAGUUAUUGAUCAUGCAGAUGUUGUAACGAUGCAGAACUGGGACUUUUUGAAGUCUGCUGUUGAACAGUUGAACCGCAUACCAUCUAAGCAGCAUGGGACUGAUGUCAUGCGGAUAAGACCGUGGUACCUGGAUGGAUGUGCACAUUUCUAUAGGCAAACAAUACUCUUGAGUUAUUAUUCAAAUCCGGAUAUAAACAAUUUGUUCAGCAAGCACUGUAAUAAUUACCAUGGGAAGGUGAAGCUGGUACAUGAACAUAAAGGAGUUCUUCCUAAAGUGAUACUUCAAGUCCGCCAGAUUUAUCAGCGGUUUGAUGCAGAUUCGAUACAACAUAUUGAUGAUGCUUGUUUUGAAUAUUUUACUACAAAGGUCUUCCCAAAGAUAAAAGAUUCUGUUGAGGGUGGGAUUAUGAUAUUUAUCAGUUCUUACUUUGAAUAUGUUCGAGUUCGGAACUUUUUGAAGUCACAGAGUGCGUCCUUCUGUUUACUUCAUGAAUAUGCAGAGCAGAGUGAUAUUUCUCGUGCAUGGGUUUGGUUCUUUGAAGGAAAGCGGAAGAUAAUGCUUUACACUGAGAGAUCACAUUUUUACCACAGAUAUAAGAUUCGUGCCAUUCAGAAUUUAGUCAUAUAUUCUCUGCCUGAGAGAAAGGAAUUUUACCCUGAGGUUGUUAAUAUGCUUGAUGGGUCCAAUGACAUGGCAUGCACGGUGCUCUUUUCUCAAUUUGAUCUCCUUCGGCUCGAGAGAAUUGUGGGAUUUGCUUCAGCGAAGAGAAUGUUGACAUCGAAAAUGAAAAUGUUUUCUUUCUCUUGAAGACUUUAGAAAUGCAGAACAUGAGAUGAGACAUAACUGUGACUUCAGUUUAGCAACUCUUGCUCAAAGAAAGAUAACUAUGCUGGUUUUCAAUACCCACUCGGCCAAGGUCAUUUUGAUUUUGUUUUUACCCCAUGUUAACAUUUUGUUCCACCCAACAGUGUUCGAAGAAAUAGUGCAUCGUACUAUUUUUUUUUUUUUUUCUUCUUGCCUCUGCUUUUAAAGCGUUAGGACAGGUUGAUAUGUGUAGGUUGUACCAGGAAUCAUUUUUGACAAUGAGCAAUUGGGAAUUUCGGAUUUUGUUUUCAAUUGUCUGCUAAGAUUUCGAUAAUUGAAGAAUGAUUUGAUUGUUCAA